GACGCGCGGGCGGCGGCGGCGGCGGCCAGGGGGGAGCCAGGGCGGCCGUUGCGGGGCGCGCUCUCGAGCGGCGGCGGCGGCGGCGGCCCAGCGAGUCCGGCGGGUGUCGGCGCGGCGCGGAGGCGGGGGCUGCCCGCGGCGGCGGGGUCGGCGGCGGCGACGGGGCGCGUGUAGCCGGGGCCCGGGUCCCAGGCGCGCCCUCCGCCCUCAGGAGCGGAAGCUGCUCAGGAGGGCCCUGCCGCACUGCCCGCCUCUGGGGGGCUGGCUGCCUGGCUCCCAUGCCCGGGAAGUGCGCCUCGCCCAGCCUGCACUCCUGGAGGGGCGUCUUGCUCACCUGCUUGCCAGCCGCUGGGACAAGGAGGAGAAAAGAAAUGAGCCGCCAGACUGCGACAGCGUUACCGACUGGGACCUCCAAGUGCACACCGUCCCAGAGGGUGCCCGCCCUGACGGGCACCACCGCGUCCAACAAUGACCUGGCCAGUCUCUUUGAGUGUCCUGUCUGCUUUGACUAUGUGUUGCCACCCAUUCUUCAGUGUCAGAGCGGCCAUCUUGUCUGUAGCAACUGUCGCCCAAAGCUCACGUGUUGUCCAACCUGCCGGGGGCCCUUGGGAUCCAUUCGCAACUUGGCGAUGGAGAAAGUGGCCAACUCCGUCCUUUUCCCUUGUAAAUACGCCUCUUCCGGGUGUGAAAUAACUCUGCCACACACGGAAAAGGCGGACCACGAAGAGCUCUGUGAGUUCCGGCCUUACUCCUGCCCGUGCCCCGGCGCGUCCUGCAAGUGGCAAGGCUCGCUGGACGCCGUGAUGCCCCACCUGAUGCACCAGCACAAGUCCAUCACCACCCUGCAGGGCGAGGACAUCGUCUUCCUCGCCACGGACAUCAACCUGCCCGGCGCCGUGGACUGGGUGAUGAUGCAGUCCUGCUUCGGCUUCCACUUCAUGCUGGUCCUGGAGAAGCAGGAGAAGUACGACGGGCACCAGCAGUUCUUCGCCAUCGUGCAGCUGAUCGGAACGCGCAAGCAGGCGGAGAAUUUUGCUUAUCGACUCGAGCUCAAUGGUCACAGGCGGCGAUUGACUUGGGAAGCCACUCCGCGAUCUAUUCAUGAGGGAAUUGCAACAGCCAUCAUGAACAGCGACUGUCUAGUCUUUGACACCAGCAUUGCACAGCUUUUUGCAGAAAAUGGCAAUUUAGGCAUCAAUGUAACUAUUUCCAUGUGUUGAAGUGGCAAUCCGACAUUUUCUGGCCAGUGUUUAAACCAUUGCGUUCACUUUCACAGAGAACAGGCCGCCUCCACCUGCCCCCGAGACUGUCGGUAGGUGGCGCUAGUCCCAUGAAGGUGAAUAAACGGAAAGGCUGUUCAAUACAGGAAACGGCUGCAUGUAGUAACACUAAUAUAUUUAAAGUAAGUCAACAGUAAACCACUGAAAAAAUAUAUAUAUACACCCAAGACGGGCAUCUUUUGUAUUAAGAAAGGAAGCAUUGUAAAAUAACUCUGAAUUUGUGUUUGUUGUAGAUUGAGUGUACUGUUGAAAAAUACUUUUGUUUCUGGGUGUGAGUGUGUGGGUGCGUGUGCGUGUGUGUUUGGUUUUCUUUUCCUUUAACUGACAAGCCAUGUUGAGUGGUCUUGGGCCACUGCUUCCCCUCUUUUGAGUCAAUACAUAGUGCUGCUGUGUGUGUAUAUAUUUUUGUGUGUAUUUGCUAAUUUUUAUUAAUUCUAGUUUUUCAUUAAAUAAAUUUGACUUUCUUUUCUGUAA